UUUCAAAACCCAUCUUGCCUCCAGACCAAAGAACAUUAGCUUCCAUCUAGCCGCCAUUAUUCCUGACCGCAGUUCUCACAAUGCUGAGCACCACGGCGCACCACAGCAGCAGGCAGACGCAUGCUUUCGAGAAGAGCCCAAGCCGCGGCCGCCACGGCUCGGCCAGGAAGAACGGCAGCAUAGACAGGAGGCUGCAGCUGCAGGCGAUGAGCCACGCGAGCAAGUACCUGCAGCGGAUGCUUGUGUGCCCGCCGGGGCUGGGCGGCGGCGUCCGGCGGAGCGGCUCCGGCCUCUCCCUGUCGUCGCUGUCGCUGUCGCAGAACUCGAGCGACUCGUCGCUGAGCAGCUCCAACUCCAGCAGCUGGGAGCCCAAGGUGCCGCUCAUCUACGGCGGCACUUUCAGCCCGUGGGGUGACGUGCUCGUGUCCCUGGAGAGGAGGAAGGGGGACGACUGCGACGACGACGACAAGGUGAGCGGCCGUGAUGCGGAGGAGGAGGAGGAUUUUGAGUGUAGUGAGCCCGGGGGCUUGCACAGAUGCAGCUGGAUCACCAAGAACAGUGAUGAGGCAUAUGUCCAGUUCCACGACGAAUCCUGGGGCGUUCCGGUGUACAGCGACGACCGCCUGUUUGAGCUGCUCACCCUGUCGGGGAUGCUCAUAGACCACAAUUGGACAGAGAUACUCAAGAGGAGGGACAUGUACAUGGAAGCAUUUGCGGGCUUUGAUCCCAAUGUAGUGGCGAAGCUGAACGAGGAUGACAUCGCCGUGAUCAGCGCCAAUAAGGAGCUCAAGCUAGCAGAGUGCAGAGUGCGGUGCAUCGUGGAGAACGCUAAGUGCAUAAGAAAGGUGGCAAAGGAGUUUGGGUCUUUCAGUGGGUACAUCUGGGGGCACAUGAACCACCGGCCUAUGGUGGGUAAAUACAAGCACCACAAGUACAUCCCUCUCCGAACACCCAAAUCGGAGGGGAUGAGCAAGGACCUAAUCCGACGGGGUUUUCGGCUCGUUGGUCCUGUCAUUGUCUACUCCUUCAUGCAAGCCUCUGGCAUGGUCAUCGAUCACCUCGUCGGCUGCUUUCGGUUCUCUGAGUGCGUCCGCCUUGCCGAGCGGUCUUGGGGUAUCACAAAUGUCGCCACAUAGACGCCCAAGCACUCCAGUCUCUUGCUUGACAUUCCAAUGUUUGCUUCACAAUAACCUUUUCCCCCCAAAAUACGCAAGAGCUGUGUAUCCUUUAUUUAUUUAUUUUUUGAUUAGUGAUGUAUGGGUUGUAAAUUAUGUAAAGUAGACUACUAAGUUAUGUUUUCCUUCUACUUGUGGUAGUGUGACUGGUAUGCAAGUUGCUACGGUUAAGUUUUGUUUUCUGAACAAGUUAAGAAUAUAUCCUUUCGUUUGGGCCUAA